GUCUGACAGGAAGGUGUGAGCAGGGCUGCAGGUUUCUUUUGUGAUUGUCCAACCUGUUGAGGUGGAAACAGUCUCCUGUCCCGUGUCCCAACUCUUCCUCAUCUCGUGCUCUUCCUGCAGAGACAUGGAGACAUUAUCAGGAUAGAGCGGCAUUAAGCGGUCAUCACUGCAACACUUCCGGGCAAAUUUAAAGACCGGAGUGGGAUUUCGGAGCUCACACCCCGAAGGAUAAAAAGAGAUCUUCUGUAUCAAAGGAAUCCUCAGGUGGAUUAAAAAUGGCCUUUUUUACCCGAGGAUCCCUUUUCCACCUCCUCCUGCUCCUCUUUGUCCCUCUCACCUGUCUCAGCCAAUCAGACAACAGCAACUCAAUCAACGCCACAAAGCCGUCCUCUAAUGACACGUCCCUGAGGGGCGUCAAAGGCUGCGGCAGAGAACUGGACCCCAUCUACAGGUACCUGUGCGACCGCCGGGCAGCGUGGGGUAUCGUCCUGGAGACUCUGGCGUCCGCAGGCUUCCUCUUCAGCAUCGGGCUCCUCCUCGGCCUCCUGCUCUGGUCUCUGUGGAUCUGCAUCUCAUCCAGGAACCAGCGCAGCAGCAUCGGAGGCACGGUGGCCAGCAUGACCAUGUUCCUGUUGGCCACCGCCGGGAUCUUCGCCAUCACCUUCUCCUUCAUCAUCCGCCUCACCCCUCAGACCUGCCCCACCAGGCUCUUCCUCUUCAGCGUCCUCUUCUCCCUCGCCUUCGCCUGUCUCUUAACUCGCUGUUUGGCUCUGCUGGGCUUCGCGGCGGCCCGAGGCUGGGGGGAGCCGGCGUUGACCCUGGGGCUCUUCAUGGUUCAGGUUAUCAUCUCUACGGAGUGGCUAAUCCUCGUGUUGGUCCGGGACAGGAACCCGUGUGAGUACAGCCAAAAGGAGUUUGUCAUGCUGCAGAUCUACGUGCUCUGCAUCCUGGCCAUCGCCUUGAUCCUGUCACUGCGCCUCUUGUGCCGCUCCUGCUUCACGUACAGCUACAGCUACACCGGCGCCGCCCGCCAGCAGAGUCGAGCUCAGGCCACGCUGCUCUUCCUCACGCUGCUGCUCUCCGCCUGCGUCUGGGUGGUGUGGAUCACCAUGCUCGUCAGGGGGAACCCGAAGCUGGACCGGCAGCCGCAGUGGGACGACCCGGUGCUGAGCAUCGCCCUGGUGUCCAACGGCUGGGUGUUACUGAUGGGAUACGGUUUGUCCCAGAUCGCCUUCUUCUGCCAGGGGGAGGCCAAGUCCAAAGAUAUCCCUCUGAGCUUUGCAGGCUGGACGAGUCCCAGCGCUGAUAUCCCGGGACUGGCCAGCCCGAAGGAGGGGAGGGAGAACGGGAGCUUUGAGAAUGACGGCAGGAGGACGAAUCAGUCUCUGCGGUCGCCCUACGAGUCCGGAUUCUCCGUGACAGAAAUCGACCCUGAGAAGGAUUACACCAUCCCUCGCCCGCAGACCACCAACUUCCUGGAGCCUUAUGACGAAUACUGAUUAAAAUUAUUGUCCUAUCUGCUCCUCACCAGUGGUGGAACAAGUAUCCAUACCCUUUACUCAAUUAAAA